AUGGCGAUGGCAAUGGCGCUUCGCAGGCUUUCAUCUUCGAUCGACAAGCCUCUGCGCCCUCUUUUCAAUGCUGGUUCCAUCUACUUCAAGUCGUCUUUGCCUGACGAAGCUGUCUACGAUAAGGAGCGACCCGGAGUUACGUGGCCCAAGCAGUUGAAUGCUCCACUGGAGGCUGUUGACCCUGAGAUUGCUGAUAUUAUUGAGCUUGAGAAAGCUAGACAAUGGAAGGGGCUGGAACUGAUACCCUCAGAAAAUUUCACAUCUUUGUCUGUCAUGCAAGCGGUUGGGUCGGUUAUGACCAACAAAUACAGUGAGGGGUAUCCUGGUGCAAGAUAUUAUGGUGGAAAUGAGUAUAUUGACAUGGCUGAAACACUGUGUCAGAAGCGUGCCCUGGAAGCGUUUAGAUUGGAUCCCGCUAAAUGGGGAGUGAACGUGCAGCCUCUGUCUGGGUCUCCCUCAAAUUUCCAUGUUUACACUGCAUUGCUUAAACCCCAUGAGAGAAUUAUGGCACUCGAUCUUCCUCAUGGUGGCCAUCUUUCUCAUGGGUAUCAGACUGAUACCAAAAAGAUAUCUGCAGUCUCCAUAUUUUUUGAGACAAUGCCAUAUAGAUUGGACGAAAGUACAGGAUACAUAGACUAUGACCAGUUGGAGAAAACGGCUACACUCUUCAGGCCAAAAUUAAUUGUUGCUGGAGCCAGUGCUUAUGCACGUCUGUAUGAUUACGCACGUGUACGCAAGGUUUGCGAUAAACAGAAAGCUAUAUUAUUGGCAGAUAUGGCACACAUCAGUGGAUUGGUUGCAGCUGAUGUUAUCCCAUCACCUUUUGAUUAUGCAGAUGUAGUUACUACUACAACUCAUAAGUCACUUCGGGGACCACGAGGAGCUAUGAUAUUCUUCAGAAAAGGAGUUAAAGAAAUUAACAAACAGGGAAAAGAGGUUUUCUACGAUUAUGAGGACAAAAUCAACCAAGCUGUUUUCCCUGGACUGCAAGGUGGCCCUCACAACCAUACUAUUACUGGUUUAGCUGUUGCAUUGAAGCAGGCUACUACUCCAGAAUAUAGAGCAUAUCAAGAGCAAGUUCUCAGCAAUAGCUCAAAAUUUGCACAGGCUCUGAGUGAGAGGGGAUAUGAGCUUGUUUCUGGAGGAACUGAGAAUCAUCUAGUUUUGGUGAAUCUGAAAAAUAAGGGUAUUGAUGGCUCCAGGGUUGAGAAGGUGUUGGAAGCAGUUCAUAUUGCGGCUAAUAAAAACACUGUUCCUGGAGAUGUGUCUGCUAUGGUUCCUGGUGGCAUCAGAAUGGGAACCCCUGCUCUUACUUCUAGAGGAUUUGUUGAGGAGGAUUUUGUUAAGGUAGCAGAGUUUUUUGAUGCUGCAGUGAAGUUGGCUGUGAAGAUUAAGGCAGAGAGCAAAGGAACGAAACUGAAGGACUUCUUGGCCACAAUUCAGUCAUCUUCUACUAUACAAUCAGAGAUAGCAAAACUCCGCCAUGAUGUUGAGGAGUAUGCAAAACAAUUUCCAACAAUUGGUUUUGAGAAAGCAACCAUGAAGUACAAGAAUUGA